AUGCAGGACUCAUCUUCUUCUGGAGGCAGUCAGUACAGCAGCCAAGAUUCAUAUUCCUCAGGAGCUAGCCAGUAUGGAGGACAUGGGCCAUCUUCUUAUGGAGGCAGCCAAUAUGGUGGACAAGGUUCACCUUCCUCAGGAGGCAGCCAAUAUGGUGGACAGGGUUCACCUUCUUCAGGAGGCAGCCAGUAUGGAGGGCAGGGUCCAUAUUUCCCAGGUGGCAGCCAUUAUGGAGGACAGGGUGUGGCUUCUUCAGGAAGCAGCCAGUACAGUGGACAGGGCUUUUCUUCAGGAGUCAGACAGUCUGGUGGACAGGGUGGGUGUGUGUGCCCCGGUGGAGGUCCAGGCUCUUUUGGAGGAGCCAACUAUGCUGGUGGACAGGGUUCAUCAUAUUCUGGAAGCAAUCAGUAUGGCGGACAGGGAUCUUAUCCCUCAGGGAGCAGCCAGUAUGGUGGGCCGGGCUCAUAUUCUUCUGGAGGCAGACAACAUGGUAAACCAGGUUCAUCUUCCUCAGGAAGCAGUCAUCAAGGAAAGCCAGGUGGCUCUGGCUCAGGAAGCACUUAUUCUGGAAAACAGUCACCUUCCUCUGGAGGCAGUCAAGUGAGCUCUGCUGGGAAACACUCCACUCCCCAACUCCUGAUGUUAUUCAGUGUUUUGAGUGCCUUUGCUCUCUCUGCUGCCACAUCAAAAUGGUCUAUAUGAACCUCCGAAGAGCUGUUUGACAACCUAAACAUGGAUUAUAUUCCAUAUUAUUAGAUUAAUUACUUAAUGUAAGAAAAAAAAUAUCCUUAAGUCAAAUUGUCAGAUGCUACUUGGCUGUUAUGUUGCAUGUCUAGCUGAUAUGUCAUGCCUUUCAUUAGUUUACCUCUGGUUUUAGUCAUUAGUAGAUAUCAUUAGUUUUGUCAGUGUUUUAGGCAUCAUUUUAAGAGAGCAUAUUGUACCCCACCUGUAUGAUUUAUUUGUAUUUCUGACAGGGAAUGCGAUGAACACCUGCCUGAAAUGACUGGUGUGACAAAUGAACACUUAGAAAGUAUUUGGUUAUUAACCAAAGUGGACGAGGUCAAAUAAAUUGUUAUAGAUGCGAGCUGA